GCGGUGUCGGACUAACGUUCCUUUAGAUCAAGUGCGACGGGAAGCAACCAUGCCACAACUGCAACUCGCGAGGCCUGGGUUGCGAGUAUCCGGGAAGCAAGGAUAAUGCUUCUGCCAGUCGCCAGUAAUUAUACUUGGCCUGCCCUGAGUCGAGACAAUGGCUAACGGGACUGCACUAGUUAUGCUAGUUCGUUUGAGGCCCGGUGCCAACAGAUGGAAUCGCUGUGCCACAGACUGGAGAUGCUCUCUGGCGAGCUGGCUCAGUCCAUUGACGCCUUGAAUCGCCCUUCCCUGUCCAAUCCCCAUGAGAGCCCAAACGAGGAUCUGCUCCAGGCUGCCCAUGUCUUGCGGUCUAUGCCUGAGGUCAGAAACUCCAUUCAUGACAUGAGAAACAGCCAUGGUUUAUCGGUGCUCCCGUCUGUCCCGUCUGGCGCCGAACGCAGGGCUGCUGCUGCUGUGGCUGGCGUCGCCAUGGCUAAGCCUCCCUUGGAGAACGAUGAACUAUCCGGCUCCGAGCUUGAUGACGAAGACGUCGACAGCGAGCUGGGGAACCACGACUUGGAUUAUGGGUCUCAGCACCAAGGGGGUGCCAUCAGCCGAGCCGGGGCCUUGGUGCGAGACUCGUACGGCCGUCUACGGUUCGUCGGAGGCGCCGCGAACAACAUGCUCAUUGAAGCAGUCCGAAGCCUCCCGCACGCCGCCACCGUCAUGUCCACGUCGUCAACUUUGAAUGAAGUGGGAGGCGCACCCGAUGAUGUCCAUAGCCCGUCAGAUCCCGAAAUCCCCCUCUUUGUCCGGGGCCGAGUCUGGCCCGUGUUGCCCUUCCUCCCCAGCCCGGAACAGCUCUCCCGCCCCCCAAAGUACGUCGCGGACCUGCUCGUGAAACUCUACUUCGAGCAGCUGCACUACACCUUCCCCGUCCUCUUCAAGCCGCAGUUCAUGCAGCGUUACCGGCAGAUGUUCCACGCCGGCCCCGACAGCUCCUCCCCGCAGGACCGCAGGUUCCUGUCCGUCUUCUUCGCCAUGUGCGCGUGCGCGUCCAGCCUCCUGCCGACGAGCUCGGAACGCGGCUUCGCCGGCAUCGAGUACUACGAGAAGGCGCUGCUGCUGUACUACGCCUCGACGGGCGAGGCGUCACUCGAGCGGGUACAGUGCCUCGCUCUGCUGGCCAUGUGCGCCGCCGGGUGGAACACCCUGACGCAGAGCUGGCUUCUGGCGGGGCAAGCCGUCAGGUCUGCCCUGGACAUUGGGCUUCAUUUGAGCAGCGGUCUGAUGAUGCCCAUAUCAUCCGCCCCUAGUCAAGUAGAUCCCACCGAGUUCCUCAGGCAGCAGGUGUCCCGGCGCAUAUGGUGGAGCAUAUACAGCCUCGAUCGUGUCAUAUCCAUCUGCCUUGGUCGGCCUAUGGCUGCGCAAGACGAAGACUGCUACUGUGAACUGCCUCUGAACAUGAGCGACGACGAGCUAGACACUUGGCCUCAGUCUCGGUCUUCGGCAUCCCCUUGCCCGACGACGGGAUUCCUCGCCUUCGCCCGCCUCUGCCGCAUAGCUGGCAAGAUCCGGCAGCUGAACUCGCCGCGCCGCGUCCGGGAAGUGGCGUCCGCCAGCCCCGGCAAGUCGAGGCGGUUCAGGGCGCGUGUCGACGCCCACGAUCGGGCGCUCCGGUCGUGGAUGGAGAGCCUGCCGGAUAGCGUUCGGUUCUCGGGCAGCGCGCCGGGCGGUGGUGCCGAGGGGUAUCCACACUCGACUAUGGGCGUGAUCAUCUUUGUCGUGCAUGCCGGAUCGUUGUUGAACCUGUAUCGGCAAGUUUUACAGGUUCUGGUGGCAGUUGCCGCGUCUCUGGUCAACGAAAGCGACACCGUCGAUGCCGUCUCGCAGUGCAUAAGUGCCGCGAGGCGCUGCAUCAGCGCGGCUGAGCUGGUACGGGACCUGGUCCCCCCCUCGCACCACCUGGCCUUCUGUGUGCAUUACCUCACGCUUUCUGGUGUUGUGCUGCUGCGCAUGCCAACGACCCAGCCCAGAGCCCAGACCGUUGCGGACAUCCAGAAGUGCGUCGGCGUGCUCAAAGACCUGGAGCUCCGGUGGUCCGGCGCAAGCUGCAGCAGGGCCAUCAUUGAGCAGCUGCUGGCCGAGAGCGGGGCCGCGCAGGAGCAGCUGGCGGCGAGCAACCAUACCAUCAACAACAAGAGGCCAUUUGCUGGGUUCGAAGACGAGGGCGCGGAGGAGGUGGAGGGAGAGGCGUUCUGGAACCAGAUUCCUCACGUGUCUGAGUUGUUUACCUUUGAUUCCAUGGAUCCUGGACUGUUUAACUCAUGGAGUGGGUUGUGA